CCCCUCCAUUUCAACCCCUUAAACGGUGCGCUUGACCCAAUCACAGGCGCCUUAUCAAGUCCCGCCCAGGUCCCAACGUCACACCUUCCCAAGUUAGGCGCUGAAACGCAAGACAGUUAGUUCAGCGGAGUGCUUGUGGCUCUGCCGGGCAUCUCCCUGGGACGCAACGCCCCUUCAUUCGCGUCCAUUCGCUGAGCCUCCCCCAUCAGUUGCCCCUCAAGACCCCUGUCAGCUGUCCAUUAAGGCUUGACCUUCACGAAACUGCGACUCCCGCCUUUUUUUGAGAGAAUUCCACUCGCCAGGAGAUCCCGUUGCUACUCUUUGCAACAGAGCCCAAAGCACCCAAACACUGCUGCUCGCUUGGCAGCGGAAAGUCUAUUCUGUCGUGAGCGCUUCGACCGACCGACCGCCUGAGCAACGCGCAUCUGUACCUUAUCCGCACCGAACCGCAACCCUUCCCGCCGCUAGAGAAAGAAAUCGAGACGAACGACGACCAGCGAGACUGUUCGUGCCGCGUUUUUGGUGCCGCCGCGCAAAGGGCCGCAGAGGGCCAACUAAUAUUCAACCCUUUUCUGUUCGAGCAAUAGUGACCGCCAGGCUGCGGCCAGCUCAAGGGAGAGAGGGGAUCAAGGAGAAAGCAAGAAAGUUCGACAUUCCAGCAGAGGGCGCAACUUGUGAAACCGAGGGAUAGCAGACAACAACCACCUCCUUUUUUCUUGUUCCACCACCACCACAUACCACACAUACAUAGAAAUCUACAACUUGUAGACAGGAAAGAAAUACGGUCCUAGUUCCCCGAAAAGGGAUUCAACAUUAGCAAACAUGGCGUAUAAUCGUUUAAACGACGAUUAUUACGAGAGCCAUCCCAUGGAGACGCGUAACCCACGCAGGAGUCCUUCUCCUGCCCAUCCCAUGCAAUCCGGGUACCAACUUGACGACGCGCCCUACGGACACUCCCAUUUGGAUAUGCCCAGUGCUGGUCCUGGUAGAUUCAGCCCUGGUGAUUCGUUACAAAUGCAGACCGCUCAAUCCGUAGACAACUUGGGGGGGUAUGGGGUGAACCCGGAGGCACACCACGAUGCCUACUACAACCAGCCAUAUGAGCCAACGCCCAUGCAGGGCCAAGGGUAUGACGGGGGUGGAGGAUAUUUCCCCGAGGACGACAGACGGCCGAUGUUGACGCACAACGACUCGCAAGUUGGGCAAAACGACCCCUAUCACGACAAGCAGCAGGCGCCAAAAAAUCAAAAUGCGAUCAAGAGGUGGAAGACGGUCAAGCAGGUUCUGUUGUACCGCGGGAACUUGGUUCUUGAUUGCCCAAUUCCUCCAAAGCUGCUGAACCAGCUUCCCCACGGAGAGCGCGAUGAGUUCACCCACAUGAGAUAUACGGCUGCCACCUGCGAUCCUUCGGAUUUCUACAACGAGAACUUCACCCUCCGCCAAAAGCUCUUCAGCAAGCCCAGACAUACCGAGCUGUUCAUUGUGGUCACCAUGUACAACGAAGACGAAAUUCUGUUUGCGCGUACCAUGAUUGGUGUGUUCAAGAACGUCGAGUACAUGUGCAAACGGACUGAGAGCAAGACCUGGGGCAAGGAUGCGUGGAAGAAGAUUGUGGUGUGCGUCGUUAGUGACGGUCGUGCCAAGAUUAACCCAAGGACGAGAGCUUUGCUCGCUGGUAUGGGUGUGUAUCAAGAGGGUAUUGCCAAGCAGCAAGUUAACAAUAAGGACGUCACGGCACACAUCUACGAAUACACCACCCAGGUCGGCAUGGCCAUCAAGAACGACGUUGUGCAGCUUAUUCCCAAGCAGCAGCCCGUUCAGAUGCUUUUCUGUCUCAAGGAAAAGAACCAGAAGAAGAUCAACUCUCAUCGUUGGUUCUUUGACGCCUUUGGAAAGGUGCUGGAUCCCAACAUUUGCGUGUUGAUCGACGCUGGUACCAAGCCUGGUGGCAGCUCGAUUUACCAGCUUUGGAAGGCCUUCGACCUUGAGCCCAUGUGCGGUGGUGCUUGCGGCGAGAUCAAGGCUAUGCUAGGCAAGGGUGGAAAGAAUUUGAUCAACCCACUGGUGGCAACGCAAAACUUCGAGUACAAGAUGAGUAACAUAUUGGACAAGCCUCUCGAAUCUGCCUUUGGUUUCAUUUCCGUCUUGCCCGGUGCCUUCUCGGCUUACCGGUACGUUGCGCUGCAAAACGACAAGAACGGUCAGGGGCCGUUGGAGAAGUACUUUGCUGGUGAGAAACUGCACGGUGGUGAUGCUGGUAUUUUCACAGCCAACAUGUACCUCGCCGAAGAUCGUAUUCUGUGCUUUGAGCUUGUCACCAAGCGGAACUGCCACUGGAUUCUUCAGUACGUCAAGUCGGCCACGGGCGAGACUGAUGUGCCAGACACGGUUACCGAGUUGAUUCUCCAGCGUCGUCGCUGGCUUAACGGUUCUUUCUUCGCUGCCAUCUACGCCAUUGUCCACUUCCAUCAGUUCUUCCGGUCCGAUCACUCUAUUUUCCGCAAAUUCUUCUUCUUUAUCGAAUUCAUCUUCAACACCAUCAACAUGAUCUUUGCUUGGUUCGCUAUCGGCAACUUCUUUUUAGUUUUCAAGAUCCUGACGACAAGUUUGGGAGACGAAAAACUAUUGGGUAAGGUGGGCGAAAUCUUGGGUGUGGUGUUCCUCUGGCUGUACGGCGUAUCGCUCAUGACAUGCUUCGUCUUGGCGAUGGGCAACAGGCCAGCUGGUUCCGGGAGAUAUUACAUGGCCAUGGUCAUUUUCUGGGCCAUCAUCUUCAUCUAUCUCAUGUUUGCAGCCGUAUACAUCGCCGUCGACGCCAUCAUUCAAGAUCUGCAAGUUAACAACUUCAGCAUUGAUUCUUUGUUCAAGAACCAGGUCUUCUACACGUUGAUCAUCUCGGUUCUGUCGACGUACGGUCUUUGGUUCAUCGCCUCGCUCAUGAUGUUCGACCCCUGGCACAUGUUCACCUCGUUGAUUCAGUAUAUGUUGCUCUCUCCCACCUACACCAACGUCCUGAACGUGUACGCCUUUUGCAACACGCACGACAUCUCGUGGGGUACCAAGGGUGACGACAAGCCGGAUGCUUUGCCCACAGUCAGCACCAAGGACGGCCAGGGUAAGACUGAUUUGCCUGAUGAGGGCGAUCUCAACGCGCAGUACGAGAGGGAAAUGCAAGUCUUUAGCCGCAAGCCCGUCAAGGAGGUCAAGGCCCCAACACCGGCUCAGCUCGAGGAGAAGCAGAUGGAUUACUACAGAGGCGUCAGGACGGUGGUCGUGUUGAUUUGGAUGUUGAUGAACUUUGCCCUGGUCGCUGUCGUGCUGAGCACGGGCGGUCUGAACAGAGUUGUGGAGGACGAUUCGGGGAGGACCGAGGAGGAGUCCAAGGCCCACAAGGCCAACAUUUACCUGCAGGUGGUGUUGUGGAGUGUGGCUGGUUUGAGUGCGUUCAAGUUUAUUGGCGCGUUGUGGUUCUUGAUUGUGAGGAUGUUUAGGGGUGUCUAAAGUGAUACCAGGGUAAUAUCUGUUUGAAACGAAGACAUGAGAAACUCUUUCAUAGGGGAUGAAAAAUGAGGGGGGAUGGAUACCACGGGUGUGGGCGGUUUAGAGAUACCUUGGUUGCGUUUUUCUUUUCUUUUCUGACGGGUUUUUUGAAAGCUUUUUUGGAGUCUAUCUCCUUGGGAGAUGGGGGGAUAUUUCUUGAGAGUUUGUUUUGAUGAAUGUUAGCCU